AUGUGUUUUUUUUAUCUAUACACGGGCAGUAGAGUAGAAGACAAUUUAAUCUAUCUAUCUAUCUAUCUAUCUAUCUAUCUAUCUAUCUAUCUAUCUUUUUCCACUGUCUCUCCCUCUCUGUCUGUCUCUGUCUCUCUAUAUAAGGGGGCAUCCAGUGGCGAUCAUAUCCGCUCCAUCAGCAAUGGUCAUAAUGUUAACAUUGUAAACAUUUAUUUAUUCUUUCUUUCUUUCUUUCUUUCUUUCUUUCUUUCUUUCUUUCUUUCUUUCUUUCUUUCUUUCGUUCGUUCCCAAACUCCAACCAUUUUCAAUUUUUUUUUCUCUCCCUUUUCUUUCUUUCUUUCUUUCUUUCUUUCUUUCUUUCUUUCUUUCUUUCCAUCCCAUAAUUUUUAUUCCAUUUCCUGGUUCCUACUUCCUCUCCAUAUUCUCCCCACAAGCCGACCGGCUUACCGACUGACCAACUGA